AAUUAAUACAAUAUUAAUUUCAACAAAUUUUAAUCAAAAUGGGUGAAGAAUAUGGAUUUGACAAAGACAGAUUCUUAAAUUACAACCAAGAUAUAUUUGAUUGUCCAAUAUGUUCAUGUGUUGCGCGGCUUCCAAAAGAUUGUAGUUGUUGCGGCACAGUGUAUUGUGGCCCUUGUGUGGACUCAUGGCUAAAAAAAUAAUCUGAAUGCAUCAAUAGAUGUCCUAAGACCUCUUAAAUAUAAAAUAUUUAAAAAUCACUCAAAAAAAUAUAUGAUGAUCUUGAAAUUAAAUGCACUUAUUGUCCGAAGGCAUUCAAGAUUGGAGACAUUGAUAAGCAUGAGAUUAGUUGUAAAUUACCAAAAUGCGUUAAUCAUGAAAUCUGUGGGAAUACAAUUGCAACAGCAGGUGAGUUGGAAAAUUUUAAAGUUUGUGAUCACACAUGUCUGGUUUUGAGUAAAGUCAAACAAAUGAAGAAUAAACACGAUCUCUAUUAAUACCUGAAGUAAUACUUAAAUGACAAAUAAUCAAUUUAAAAUCUUAAUACCUCUAUGGGUAUCUCUAGUUCCUUGAAUAUCUAAGCCUCUAUUAACUAAGACCAGGGAGGUUCAAAUAGUCUCCUCUUUAAAUGGGAUAAAUAGAGAAUGGGAACUGGCAUCACAAUUUCUGAUGGAGAUACAAGAAUAUUUUUAAAAGAAUAAGCCUACAUGUUCAGAACUGCAAUCGCAACCUUUGGCUUUGAAAAGGGUAUUGGCUAUUGGGAAAUCGAAGCAGAUGACAGAACAGAAAAUGAAUUGAAGAUUGGAGUGUCAACUUGCAGAGACUUCAAUUACAAUACUGCAUUUUGUGACUUUGAAUUUGGUUGGGCUUAUUAUGGAUUAGCAUAGUUACGUCAUAACAGCAAUGCUACUGGACCAUCUUUUGGAAAGAGAUUUAAGAAAGAGGGAGUAUUAGGAGUUUGCUUAAAUAUGAAUACUGGAACCUUAAAAUUUAGUUUAAAUGGAGAACUCAUGGGAACUGCCUACACUGAUGAAAAAUUGAAAUAAGGCCCCAUAUAUCCAGCUGUUUCAUUACUUCACUGUGCGGGAUGUAAAUUAAUAUCUGGUAAGCCCCUUCCAGCCAUAUUCUAGAAUUGAUUUAUAAAAAUUAUGUUAAACUUUAUGUUUUUUCGAUUUGAAUUAAAAGAGUU